AUGUCUGGCCGAGGAAAAGGUGGUAAAGGACUUGGAAAGGGUGGCGCUAAGCGACACCGAAAGAUUCUUCGAGAUAACAUUCAGGGUAUCACUAAGCCCGCCAUCCGACGUCUUGCGCGACGAGGUGGUGUGAAGCGAAUUUCCGCCCAGAUCUACGAGGAGACCCGAAACGUUCUCAAGUCUUUCCUUGAGUCUGUUAUUCGAGACGCCGUCACCUACACUGAGCACGCCAAGCGAAAGACUGUCACUUCUCUUGAUGUUGUCUACGCUCUCAAGCGACAGGGCCGAACCCUUUACGGUUUCGGUGGUUAA